AUGGGUCAAGGAAUGAGUGAAAUACUACCUGGUGUCUAUGUCACAAGUGCAAUUGUGGCUCGACAAGGCAAAGUACUGGAUGAAUUUGGUAUUACUCAUAUUAUUUCAAUUCAAGCAAAACCUAUUAGUCCAUUUAAACAUCGUGAAUAUCUUCUGAUCUCAGCUCAAGAUCAUAUAUCACAAGAUUUAUUACAAUAUGCAGCACAAUGUAAUGAUUUUAUUCAUAAUGCUCGCCUUAAUCAAGGCAAAGUGCUUAUUCAUUGUCGAAGUCCAUCAAUAGCUUGUAUUUAUGUAAUGACUAUUACGGGUAUAUCAUGGUCGGAUACGAUUAAUAGUCUUCGUGGUGUACGAACACUUGUUGAUCCUAAUUUUGCAUUUCAACGACAACUUAAAUAUUUUAAUGAUCAACAUAUGGUGCAAGAACGUGAACGACUAUUUACGAAGUUUGGUCUAUUUAAUAUGAUUAAUGAUGAUAUUUCGUUUGUUAUGAAAAAUUUAGCUCUAUACCAUGAAGAACAACGUCGUCUAACAGGAAAUUUUAUUGAUAUUGAUUAUUUACAUUUAUCAACAAAAAAUGAUACUAAUAUUUCAUCUUCUGAUAAUGAUAAAACAAAAAAUAUUCAUGAAACUAAUUCUGAUCUUGAUGAUUUUUUUCAAAAUUCAGAUUUAUCUUCAAUGACGCCUGAAUCCCGAAGUCUUCUUGAUCAAAUGUUUUCUUCUUAA